AAACAAGUCUUUGGUGUAAAAAGUUUCGGACUCGCUGACAUGAUCCCGUAGAUCCAACGACCGUAGGUAUUUUAUUGUAAAUAUAACCUUCAUUAUCACAUUUUGAACGAGAUGGAUGAAUUCGUGAAAUUAACUUGGCGCAAAGAGGUGACUGAUCCGGAUCUGGACGAGCGAUUUUUGAGCGAGGAGGCAGUGUCAGAGUCCUACGUUUACAAGAGUUUUACUAAACCAAUUAAAUCCAAACCGAAACGAAACGUUAAGCUACAUGUAGCUAAAGAAAAAUACGUCCCUAGUUUAAAGUAUCACCGCUUAAUUCGGCGCAGAUCUCUACUAACAAAGUCACAAAAGUCGUACUGUUUGGAGGCCCUAAAGUUAAUCCAGAGUGGCAAAAGGUCCGACCUAUUGACCGAAAGAGAGAAGUGCUGUCUCAAAAUUUAUGGUGAAUGCCAGUCAAAGAUUGUUGAGGAAAAUCAAUUAUUUCAAGAAUAUGCCAAAAAUAUGUGGCUCAAAUACAAGGACAAGCCUUUGAAGACGAAACCGGGGAUUUACAUGUACGCUUGGCCAAAAUGGAAGCAGAAACUCUGCAGAUAUUUGGACUAUCCCCAAUUUUACAAGGAAAUUGCUUCGGUUUGUUUAAACUACGACGAGAAUGAGGCCACUGUCGAUUUUCAACAUUUGGUGCAACCUCAGGAAACGGGCACACUGGCCCGCUUUGUGCAACCAAACCUCAAGGAACAGUGCUGUUUAAAAAUGAACACGUUCCAAAAAGUGGCAAAGGAGGUUUUGCUGAACUCAAAAUUGCCAGUCAGUCAAGACGAUAAUAUACCAAAACUGCUCAAAAGCCACAAAUUUGACGCUGUGAUUUCGUCCAGUGGCCUUAAGCAAAUUAUUGACUACACUAAUAUUAAAACUAAGUGGAUCAUCCCGGUUGUGAUUAAAGAAAUUGAAGACGAGGGUGGCAAACUUCGUAAAGUUGUUUUCAUUGAUAAAGUGCUACCAAAAGUUGACCCCAGUCCGCACGAUUUAAACUGUUAUGCCUACAAACGGCUCCUAAAAUUGAGUUUUUGCGAAUAUGAGGCGUUUAAGUAUCCUGUUGAGGAGACACCAAUUGGUGAAGGAGACGAACAAGACUGCGAGACCGAAGACCCAAAAGAUAGGAAAAAAGUCAUUCAUCAUAACGCGAAUUACCGCAUUUGGAAUAUAAAAAAGACAACAAGUCACAAUACUCUAAUGAAAAAUCAGAGCAAAGACACCGAAAUUAACCUUUUGGUUCGCUGCAAAUUGGACGGAUGCGAAGAAACUGAGCAAAGUGUGUUAUAUCCGGUCACUGUGCGGCCUAAAAUAGAGCAACAGAUGCAGUACGGGGUCAAUAUCGCGUCGCGGAGCGAAAUCGCUCGUGACUGGACCUCGCUUUUCUUUCGUCUUUAUUCGUUUCUUUACAGAGCGCGCAUUUAUAGCCCCAUGCACGAAGUUAUCUCGGUCGAGAAAUGCUCAAUACAAAAGAUCAACAUCGAGGCACAAACUCACUACGAUUAUAAACCCAUUCUAGGUUUAGGUGUUUUGGAAAAGGUCUUGAGCCAGUUGGUGGGUCUCGAGUGUGGCACUUAUCUUCUGCAACAUUUACCCAAACAUGAGUCGUUUCUUUCAAUCAUGAAACAAUCCGAUUGCACUGAAAAUGCGUACGAUUUGCACAAAGAAUGCGAGGAAACUAAAGUAAAUACGGAAGGGCGGCUAAGUUGGUUACCUAUUGAUGUUAAUUAUAUUUUGCCCGUGCAUGAGGAGUAUAAACAAAUUCCUGCGGUUUUUCACGGUUUUGAUAACAAAAAGGAGCCAAGUGGUACGACGGCGCUAAAAAUAAGAGGGAAGAAGCGGAGGAAAAAACCGAGGAAAAAACAAACUUAAGACUCUUACUAUAAAUAACAUUUUAUUGUGGCCUUUUUACAUUGUUUAAGCAUAAUUAUCAAAAUACAACUCGAAUGAAAAA